AUGUCAUGGAUACCCAGAAGAACAGCAUCAAGUCGCACCAUUGAGGCCCAUACAGGCACGCACAUCUUCGAGAUAGAUGACUACAGUCAAAAGAAGGGCAGCACAGAUGUUGGUAAAUUCAUAAGGUCAUCCACCUUCACUGUUGGUGGCUUCGAUUGGUCCAUCUGCUUCUACGCCAACAGCAAUGAUGAUGUCACUAGGCACUACAUCAUUGUCUUCUUGGAGUUGAUGAGUAGCGAUGUCGAGCUGAGGGCGCACUACAACAUUCAAUUCAUUGGAGGGGAUGAUGCUGUGAAGGACAGCAUGAUAUCAUGGUAUUCUACAGGAACGCGCUUGUUCAAGUCCAUCAAUCUCAUGAAAGGAGGUGAAUAUAGACCUGACACAGGAGAUUACAAUAGUACCCUUAACAUGCUUGACACACUCGAAGAAUUGACUUAA